AUGGCGCCGGUGGGCGGGGGCGGGCGCCCUGGCGGCGGGCCGGCCCGAGGGCGCCUCCUCCUGGCGGCGCUGGUGCUGCCGGCGCUGCUGUGGGCGCGGGGGGCCCGGGGUCAGGGCAGCCCCCAGCCGGGCAUGAUCCUGGGCAUGAGGCUGGCGAGCUGCAACAAGUCGUGUGGGAUGAACCCGGAUGGCAUCAUCUUCGUGUCCGAGGGCAGCACGGUGAACCUGAGGCUGUACGGCCAGAGGCUGGGCGAAAUCUCCAGCAACCUGAUCUCCUUCACCGAGGUGGACGACGCCAACACCGCCCACAACUCCACCAACUGUCUCGAGCUCACCAAGGACCUGGUCGUCCAGCAACUGGUCAACGUGAGCCGCGGGAACACGUCCGGGAUGCUGGUGGUGUUCACCAAGUUCCUCCGGAGGAGCGAGAACAUGAAGCUUUAUGCGCUGUGCACCAGGACCCGGGAUGACGGGCCCUGGCUCAAGUGGACAGACAAGGACUCGCUGCUGUUCAUGAUGGAGGAGCCCGGGAGGUUCCUGCCGCUCUGGAUGCACAUCCUCCUCGUUUUGGUGCUGCUGGUGCUGUCGGGCAUAUUUUCUGGCCUCAACCUGGGGCUUAUGGCCCUGGACCCCAUGGAGCUGCGCAUCGUGCAGAACUGUGGCACUGAGAAGGAGAAGAGGUAUGCCCGCAAGAUAGAGCCCAUUCGGCGCAAGGGCAACUACUUGCUCUGCUCCCUGCUCCUGGGUAACGUGCUGGUCAACACUUCCCUCACCAUCCUCCUGGACAACCUCAUUGGGUCUGGCAUCAUGGCUGUGGCCUCCUCCACCAUUGGCAUUGUCAUUUUUGGGGAGAUCUUACCUCAGGCCCUGUGCUCCCGACAUGGGCUGGCCGUGGGUGCCAAUACCAUCGUUCUUACCAAAUUCUUUAUGCUGCUCACCUUCCCCCUCAGUUUCCCCAUCAGCAAACUCCUGGACUUUUUCCUAGGCCAGGAGAUUCGCACUGUUUACAAUCGGGAGAAACUGAUGGAGAUGUUGAAGGUGACAGAGCCCUAUAAUGACCUGGUGAAAGAGGAGCUAAAUAUGAUCCAGGGUGCCCUGGAACUACGGACCAAAACUGUGGAGGAUAUCAUGACCCAGCUCCAAGACUGCUUCAUGAUCCGCAACGAUGCCAUCCUGGACUUCAACACGAUGUCGGAGAUUAUGGAAAGCGGCUACACGCGCAUUCCUGUGUAUGAAGAUGAGCAGUCCAACAUCGUAGAUAUCCUGUAUGUCAAAGACUUGGCCUUUGUGGACCCUGAUGACUGCACCCCCCUCAAGACCAUCACCCGCUUCUACAACCACCCGGUACAUUUUGUCUUCCAUGACACCAAGUUGGAUGCCAUGCUGGAGGAGUUCAAGAAGGGGAAGUCCCACCUGGCCAUCGUGCAGAAGGUGAACAACGAGGGUGAGGGCGACCCCUUCUAUGAGGUGCUGGGCCUGGUCACCCUGGAGGAUGUCAUCGAGGAGAUCAUCAAGUCCGAGAUCCUGGACGAGUCGGACACGUACACUGACAACCGAAGCCGGAAACGGGUGUCUGCAAAGAACAAGCGUGAUUUCUCCGCCUUCAAGGAUGCUGACAAUGAACUCAAAGUCAAGAUCUCUCCUCAGCUGCUUCUGGCUGCCCAUCGCUUCCUGGCCACAGAGGUGCCCCAGUUCAGUCCCUCUCUGAUAUCAGAGAAGAUUCUGUUGCGGUUGCUCAAGUACCCAGAUGUCAUCCAGGAGCUCAAGUUUGAUGAGCACAACAAGUACUAUGCCCGCCACUACCUGUAUACCCGGAAUAAGCCGGCCGAUUACUUUAUCCUCAUCCUGCAGGGGAAGGUGGAGGUGGAGGCAGGCAAGGAGAACAUGAAGUUUGAGACGGGCGCCUUCUCCUACUAUGGGACCAUGGCCCUGUCCUGGGUCCCCUCUGUUCCUUCCACCCAGGCCGGGUGUCCGCUUGGCAAGCGGAACUCGCUGCUGUCCUGGCUCUCAGACCGCUCCCCAUCGCACCCCAUGCCCCUCAGCCGCUCAGCUUCCCUCAGUUACCCGGACCGCAGCACAGAUGCGUCCACCACGUCCACCCUGGCGGCUGGCAGCAACCAGCUUGGCAGCUGCACCCUGGGCCAGUACGUCUCGGACUUCAGUGUCCGGGCACUCAUGGACCUGCAGUACGUUAAGAUCACACGGCAGCAGUACCAGAACGGGCUGAUGGCCUCCCGCAUGGAGAGCGGCCCACAGUUUCCGCUGGACGGGUGCACCACCUGCACGGAGAACUUCACCGAGAAGCCCGAGCUGCCCGCGGUGGAUGAGACCACGACGCUGCUCAACGAGCGCAACUCCUUGCUGCACAGAGCCUCCCCGGACAGCGCCAUCUGACAGCAGGGCCCGGGGCCCUGCCCGCCCCGCAGGGCCUCCCCAGUGGGCCACACCGAGAGAGGGGGCCUGUUAGGCCACAGGGGUGCGGAUUGCCUGUGUGACUGAGCAGCCAGGGUGCUGCUGACAGGGACCUCUGAACAGGCUGCGGUGGCGCUGCCAGCCCUGGACUGGUGGGCGGUGGAUCAGCCACCUGAGCAAAGGCUGUUUCUUACUGAGGACUUCUAAACUAGGCUCAUUGCUCCUCUUUUAAAAUAUCAUUUUGGGAAGGGAAGACAGGGUUAAAGAACUUUAUGUUAAAAAAAAAAAAAUGUUUUUUCAAAACAAAGAAACCAAAACUUUAAAAGGGGGAGGGAUCCCCACCCUGGAAGCAAUAGCCAUAAUCUGCUCCCAGCCAUGACCUUCCAGCCUAUGUCCCUGCCUCGGCGAGCCCACCCUUUCCUGCAGAGCGGGGACCAGUGCCUGUAGAAGGAGUUGGCUUCUUCCAGAAGCAAGGAACCCAGGCCUGAGGUCAGCUGCUUGAACAUGUGCACACCCAGGGCCGACUGUGUCUGGGUAACUGUGACCAGGGGCACAAUAGCCCUGGCCACGGAGAAGAGCACAUCUUCUGUCACCGCUGGACCCAGGAACCUAUCAGAACUCCGUGGAUGGGCUCUCCCGGUGAGUCAGGGCUCGCUGAGGAUUCUCCUCCGGCCCCCCAACUCCCCUUCACCUGGUACGGAGUGAGCAGUGUCAGGCGGGCCAUAGGUGUCACGCUGCUCCCUGCUCCCCAGGCUUGCCUCUGCCUUGCCAAAGGCCCCCCUUGGUGGGCAGGGCAUCUAUGCCAGAGAUUACUUGUCAGGUACCCCUUUUGGAUCCAGGGGUGAAUCUGGCCAUAGGCUUCUGUGCUGUAGCAGCCAUGACCACCCACCCAUCCCCACCCUACAAGAGGAGCCAGGGCCUACCUGGCCCAGGAAGCCACCCUUCUAGAUUCCUCCUCCUCUCCAAGCCCUAGUCCCUCUGGGGGGCUGUGGACAAGAGGGCAUGUUGAAGCCACCAGGACGGUUCUUCAUGCCCUUUCCUGUGGCUGGCCGAGGUCACCUAACCUUCUUCACCCCCUUAUGGGAUCCCAUCAGUGGGGUUCACAAGGGAGAGGUCUGUGGGAGAGCAGAGGAGUAGCCUCGUUUCCUCUCAUCCACAUGACCCUGGUGUGAGGGCUCGGACUGGCCCGCGCUGACGCUGGUACUGCGUGAGAGCCUCCCACACCUGCAGGAAGUCCUACCCCAGGGCCUGCUCCAGAGCUCCUGGCUCCCACCAUGGGGGAGGCUGUGGGACCAAGGGCUGCCUUCUGUCAGGAAGCACAGGAGCUGGGGCACCAGAUCCAGGUGAGGGAAGCUGCCCACCUUCCGCCUGCGUGGCAUGUGUUCGUGCCUUUCCUCAGCCAGGGCAGUCCUGUCACCCAGUGCUCUGCUCUCCAGGCACCUAGAGAAUCCUAACUCCUGGCACUAGGGAGUGUCCUGCCCUGGCCAGUCUAAGGCCUCCCCAGGCGCAGAAUUAACUCCUAGAAGCCUGGGGAGCUGUCGAUGCCUGUGGGCUCUCGACCAUAAGGGAAAAGAGAGCAGCUUGCUUCUGAGUCCCCACAGGAGCUGGCAGAGUUGUGUUCCUGAGAGGCCAGGGUGCCGGCAGAGCAAAGCACGUUGGCCCAAACCUCGUGGGUGUGUGUAGAGCAGAAGGAGCAGGUGCACUCACUUCCACAGCUACCUCUUGCACACACAGUCACUACCAACAGGUGGUCCCCCUCCUCCUCUCCCUUUCCCAUUGAUAAUCACUUCCUGAAGAGGGUCAUAAUUAUUCCCAGAUAUCACCAGUCCAAUGACUUCCUCCUCCCAGUGCAAUUUCUCACUUCCUAUUCCAACCUCUGGUUCCUGGGCUGAGCCAUACCCUGGACCUGGCCUGCUCCGCUUGUCUUCCUGGGCCAGGGAGACCCUGGCAAAUGGCAUCCAAAUGGGUAGGCAAGUCACAGCCACCGUAGCAGAUGACUCCUAUUUAUUUUGCGUAAGAUUUUAAUUUGUAUAUUUUUGUGAUUUAUUUUGGCAUUGUUAUGAGUUUGACUCUCGGGGAGUUUUGUUGUUAUGACUCUUGUGUCUUUUGUCACAAAACAAUGAUAAUAUUUGCUAAACAAUAUACGGAAUUUAUUUUUGAUUGGUAAUAAAAAAUGAAAUAUAUGUAA